UUGACCCUGAACAACUGAAGACAGUGCUGCAGCACCAUCAGCGUCAUGGAAACCUGAACAAGUGUCAUGUCUCUAAAUACACUGCAGAUACCAUCCUGUCCACACUGUCCCUCCUCCAAAAAUGAGAGUUAUUAACUAUGAGCCAGACAACUCUGACAAUGGGAGGCAAUACUCAGAUGAAGAUGAAUGCAUAGAUAAUGGGGUAUGUGAAAAUGAAGACCACAAUGAAAUCCUGGAUGAAAGCACUCAUAGAUGUUUGGAGGAUCUAGGACUGUCAACAUCAGAGCAACAGCAACAGGAGGGUCUGCCACUGCAAGAGACCUCAGUGUUGGUUACUCCAGUACCCUGUGAUGAAUUUAACUUGGAUCAUUCUCUCAACGUAAUGGUGAUUGCUGACGAGCCAUCCCAGGUUCUUACCUGCACUCUACCUCCAUUCUCUCACAGUGAAAUGGCCAACCUCUGCAAGGACAUCAAGACCGACCAAGUAGAAAAGGACAGCAAGCAGGUUGACAAGAAAAAAAAGGUGGUCAGAAAGGGAGACAAAAAGAGGGUGAUCAAACAGGUUGACAAGAAAAAAAAGGUGGUCAGAAAGGGAGACAAAAAGAGGGUGAUCAAACAGGUUGACAAGAAAAAAAAGUUGGUCAGAAAGGGGGACAAAAAGAGGGUGAUCAAACAGGUUGACAAGAAAACAAAGGUGGUCAUAAAGGUUGACAAGAAACAAGAGGGAUCCCCUGCACCCCAAAACAGGACUCAUACAUGUGAGUGUGGGAAGGUUUUCAAAAAACCAUCACUGCUGACGCUACAUAUGGGAGUUCACACGAUGCCAUAUCAUUGUGACCAGUGUCCCAAACGAUAUGCUACACCUGGGGCUCUGAAAAAACACCAGUUACUUCACACAGAAGAAAGACCAUUUGCAUGUGAACGCUGUGACCGGAGGUACAGGAGUGCAUAUGAUCUCAAAGUGCACGUACGCAUUCACUCUGGGGAGCGCCGUCACAUGUGUACUAUCUGUGGUAAGAGGUUUACCCAGCAGUGUGCACUAGUGAGACACAUGCGAAUGCAUGCUGGGGAGAAGAAUUAUUUAUGUAGCAUAUGUGGUAAGGCAUUCCUUACCUUAGGAGAACUGCGGCUGCAUACACGAACGCACACAGGAGAAAACCCCCACACCUGUAAACAUUGUGGAAAGGGUUUCAAAGCAUCUUGCCAUCUUAUGGUUCAUCUGCGAUCUCACACAGGCGAGCGUCCUUACACCUGCACCCAAUGUCCCAAAUCUUUCACUACUUCAGACGCUCUUAGAAAGCACGUAUAUACUCACACUGGGGAGAAACCUCACCAGUGCUCAGAGUGUGGGAAAACAUUUUCUCAAAGGGGUAAUAUGGUAAAUCAUAUGAGAAGAGUUCAUAAACCGGUUAAGAUUCUCCAAAAGCACUCCAACAGAAAGACAGACAAAGUCUCGUAAAAAAAUAAAAUAACAAUUGAGAUCAAAAGAAACCAUGUAGGAGUUAAUUCCAAUGUAAAUACUAGUAGUAUACACAUGAUUUUACAGGUCCUCUUUUGUAUAUCAGAUUAUCAUACCAAAACAUGUUUUUCAAUAAACUUCUUCAGAUUU